AUGUAUGGUAAUCCUAUUAUAUGUACAGUGAAACCUGCACUGAAGGGACCAGCUCAAAGUGGUCAUCUUACACAGGUGGUCACAUUAGCAGCCUUUAUUUUAAUAGAUCUAUCUGAAGAACAAAUUUUACAACAAAAGAUAGCUGAAUUACAAGAAAGAUUGAGACAUGCUGAAAUGUUAAAUAUUGAAAGGAGAAGAGAUAUAUUAGCACUUCGUGAAAAUAUUGGAAUGCUAAUACAGCUUGCAGAUCAACCACAUCGCAACAAUACAAAUUUUACUCAUCAUUUGGGUCGUGAAACAUUAUGGAGAGAGAAUCUCCUAAUGAACUCGAGAUCAUUAGAUUUACAACUUCCAUCCAUUCAUCAUUUUUUGCCCCAUUUAUUAAGUAAUCCUGAUGGUUUACAACCUUCCUUCAAACUUUCAAGAGGUCGUACCGGAGCUACUGUUGUUUUAGGUGUUCCUACUGUGAAGAGAGAUGUACAAAGUUACUUGAUAUCAACACUUCAAAAUUUAAUUGAUAAUAUGACUCCAGAAGAACAGGAAGAAACAUUGAUAAUUGUAUUUAUUGCUGAGACAGACUAUGAUUAUGUUCAAAAACAGGCAACAGAAAUUGAAGAAGAAUUUCAUUUAUAUACAUCAUCUGGUUUAUUAGAAAUAAUAUCACCACCUUCUAAUUAUUAUCCUGAUUUUAAUAAGUUACGUCAAACUUUAGGUGAUGAUAUGGCAAGAGUAAAAUGGAGAACUAAACAGAAUUUAGAUUUUGCAUAUUUGAUGAUGUAUGCUCAACCAAGAGGAACUUUUUAUGUUCAGUUGGAAGAUGAUAUUUUAAGCAAACCAGGAUACAUAGGAAUUAUGAAAAAUUAUGCUUAUAAACAACUUACUCUAAAAAAAGAAUGGCUUAUACUAGAUUUUUGUCAACUAGGAUUUAUAGGUAAGUUAAGUUUAAAGCUUAGAUUUAAUUGCUUUAUUAUUUAUGAUUGCAAAAAACAAAAAGAUUCUGUAUGGCUUCACUAUAGACCAUCUCUGUUUCAACAUGUUGGAACACAUUCAUCAUUAAAAGGAAAAGUCCAAAAACUCAAGGAUAAACAAUUUGGAAAGGUUUCUCUUCAUCGUCCGCAUGAUAAUCCACCUGCAGAAGUACAUACUAGUCUUAGAGCAUAUAAAAAUUAUUUGUUAUCAAAAGCUUAUAAAGGAGAGACAUUUUUUUGGUCUUUAUUACCACAACCAGGAGAUAAUGUGACAUUUUAUUUUAAUCCAUCUAUUAAAAUUGAGAAAUUCUUAUUCAGAAGUGGCAAUGCUGAGCAUCCAGAUGACAAAUUUUUCAACACAACUGUUGAAAUAUUACCAUCAGAGAUUUUAGAAGACAAUUCAUAUCCUGUAACAAGAGAUGGUUAUUUAAUUGUUGGAAGUUUUAAAGAUUCAAAUGGUGUUGCAGAAGGAACUCUUAAUACAAAUAUUGGCCCUAUAAAAGUAUUAAGAUUAAAUGUACAUACUCAAAGUGAUCGAUGGGCCAUUCUUAGUGAGAUUUUGAUAAAGCCAUUUGGAAACACAUCUGAAACAACAAGCAGAUGAUAAUUAUUUGUUAUCUAAGAAUUUACCUGUUGAAACAUUUCAAAAUCUUAUGUAAAGUUCCUUCCUAGUGCCUUAUCUGUAACAUAAAUAUUCACUAAUUAACAAGUGAAUAAUUACAUCUUGCAUUUUUAAAGGUGCUUCAGGUCUUUCAUGUUUUUGUGCAAAUCAACAAAACUAGAGUUGAGAAAUUUGAAAAAUUUAUGAAAGUUGUACAUUAUAAAUAUGAAAAGUUUCUAUUGUUUUUAUGUCAACAACAUGAUUUUCUUUAAAAAUAUAAUAAUGAAAUUAUAUGAAAUUUUUUGCUCCUGGUGCCAAAAUGAAUUCUAGCUCAGUAUCAAUAACAUCUGUUUAUUGUUUUUAUUUAUUUAAUACAUUUAAAUGAAAUGAAAAUUGUUAAAAUAUUUCUAUUUUAUAGGAAAUAUUUGAAUAAUUUUUAAACUAAAACGUAUAAUUGCAAUAUAUCAUAUAUUGCAAAGAAUGCUCUUUCUUUUCCUAAUACAGCGAUUUUUAUUAAAUUUAUCUUCCACAUUAUGUAAUACUUAUAUAAUUCUAUAAUUUAAAUAUGAUCUUCCAUUAAUAUAAUAUAGAUCCAUUUAAUGAAUGUGUGAAUUUUGUGAAAAGAUUUUAAUUUUCAUUAUCUUUAUUUACUGAUAUAACAAAAUAAUGGCUUUUGUUACACUGGUAUAACAUGCUUCCCAAACUUUAAAUAUAAUCACAAAUCAUGAAUUUUCUAUUAUUAUUUUCAUUCUGUGAGAAAUGUUCUCAAGAAAUAUAAACUUAUAGAACUAUAAAUGUUUAUUGCAUUAUUCUCAUUCAUUCAUAUAUUAAUUUGUAUCCAUAAUCACCUAACAUAUAAAAAUUGCAACCAUUUUUUUUGUCUUAAAAGACCUUAAAUUUUGGUUCCAUCCUAAAUUAAUCAAAAAUAAGUGACUCAUAUUUUUAAAUAUAAAAAUUAUUUGUUUUAAUACAGAAUUAUGUAUUCCAUACAGGUAAAGAAAGUUCACUUUGCUUAUGCAUAAGAUCUAAUAUCAAAAAAUAGUAUUCAUAAAAAAAAUAAGUUUUAUAUAUAAAUUUUAAUUGAUGUGUUCAAAGUUAGAUAUCAUAGGAUAAAUUAUUUUAUUUUAAUAUAUUCAAAAUGACCAACUCUAAUUUUGCAAACACUUCCAAGUUGUUUUACACUGUCCAAUUUUGUAUUUAUGAUGUUUUGAGACAUAUAUAAGUGUUUCUUUUAUAAUAUUAUGACAUUCUGAUUCUUAAAUUAUCAAUGUUUCUUGCGUAUUUCUGAUACACAAUAGAUUAUAUAUGAUUCCAAAGGAAAAAAUUGUAUGGAAAAUGACUGAAAAAUAUAACUUAAAAUUGAGAAAUCUUGCAACAAACAGAAAUAAUUAUUUUGUAAUAAAUUAUUCCAUGAUAUAUGAGUUUUGAUUUAUUGCAUAUAGUUAAUGAUUACUAACAUUUAUUUUAAAUAAAUUUAACUUAAUUACCUAUGAAUCAUUAUUGAUUUUAUUUAUAAGAUAAUAAAUAUCAGUUCUAGUAAUAAAUAGCAAUUCUAGUCUGCAGUUCUAAAAUUUGACAAUUUUAAUGUUGAUGGAAUUUAUUAAUUGGUAUGGUAUAAUAAUUUUA